AUGUCGUCAACCUCUGACGAUUGGAGUACAACUUGUGUGCAGAGUCUCCCUGUCGGUUGCGUGGCUUUUAAUCUUACAAAUACUGUUACUGCUACCUGCGCAGGAUGCUUUUGUAUCCUGUACACGACAUCCGAUGGGAAGCGCAAGGCAACGUUAGAGCACGCGAAUGAUUUGGUGUCAGCAUUUUUCGUUGAGCAAGAUAAGUUGAUUACCAUGACAAAGUGUGGUGAAAUGCUUGAAUGGACCAGUUCGGGGAAUACAUUUUUGCAAAUAUCCUCUCACAAGCUCACUAAUUUUGUUGUGAAGAAAGCAUUUUAUCUGCGUGAGGAAGAGCGAUGUGUGUUAGUUGUUGACCACGAAACGCACAUCACUAUUGAAAACGUGAUGCAAGACAGAUCUCUAACGCAAAUUGCACAGCUUCCUGCUGGGCUUAGCUCCGAACAAAUCUCAGUGACGAGCAGUUUUGUAACCUACUGCAGCGGUAAAGAAGUUUUUGCCAUUCCCACUGACGAAAAUCCUGUGGUCCCUGCUAGCUCCUAUGUUUGUAAAACUCAUAUCGAAGGGUUUGGGGAUCGGAACGCAGCUAAUGUUUUCGUGCGAAUCACUGCUUUGGGCGAUACAAUUGCAGCCACAUUAUCUAUUGGAAGAGUUUACGUUUGGUCGCACGUCUCACAGAAAGGAAUACAGGACUCAGCUUUUUCAGUUCAUUGGCAUAAGGUUGCUCCUAGCCUCGUGUUGACCCCCUUUGGCGGUUUAUUGUCUGCUGGUGCAGAAACCGUACUCUGCAAAUUUACUUUGAGUGGAGCUGGACGUCCAAGCAUGUUGCCUCACCUCGCAGCUCCUGUUCGAGAUCUAGCCAUUUCUGAAGAUGCCAGUCAUCUUGCAGUCAUACUGGAGGAUAACUCGGUGCAUAUUGUGAUAACUUCAAGCAUGACCUUGCUUUCUUCCUUGCAAACAGUAGUCACGUGUGAUCGCUCACUGAACACUGUCUUCUGCGGCGAUCCUCUUUGGCCGGGAGCUUUGGUGAUGAAUGGUAAACCCGGUUCGUUGCAGUGGAUAGAUUGUGAGAAGUCGUUGACACGACAGCAAGUCAGCUUCUCACUAGAAAACGUAGCUGAUGGCGACAUGUCGUUCACUGGCAUUACUUCAACUUUUCCGGAUGUCGAACGGGUGUUUUUCUUGGAUUCAGUAGUGGUCACUUUGGAACGAAUCAUCAACUUUGAUGAAGAUCAUGUGAGUUUGCUCUCUCUCUUCCUUUUGAGUGCUAUCAGGAAAUGA